ACUUGAAUUAAUCAAUUACCACCAUGGCUAAAAGCAAAGAUGAUAUAAAAUAUGGAACAGCACAAGCAAAACUAUCACCAGAUGAAGCAUUGAGAGUAGCCUACAAGCAUGGCACACCACUUGAAGGAGGAAAAAUAUCACGUUCUGAAAGAGUGGAUUUGUUUUCAAGUGCACAAAAUAUUCCAAAGAGUGACCAACAACAACAAAGCUCAGAUUCUAAUCAGUCUCAGCUGCAACGUGAUGAUACAACAGGAGAAGGAGAUUGUACUGAUUUCACUACUGGAGCUCCUUGCUUGCCUGAAAAGAACAAACCUCCAACACUUGGUCAUAAGUUCUGAUGAUAAAAUAAGAAAGAUAAAUGUUAAUUAUAUUUUGCUCUAUGUAUAUUAAUUUUAACUUGUGUGUUUCCUUGCUAUAUGUGGCAUGCAUGGCAAAUAUCAUGUAGCGAUGUUGAAAACUUCUAUCAUACUCUUUAAUGUUGUGUAAGGUUGAGUUACAAAAGGUUAAAAAUAUAUAAAUAUUACUAGAAGCAUGUAGUUCGAAAUUGCAAGAGCCAAAAGGAGGGAAGCCUUAAAAUCGAAGCACUUUUUUUUCUUGAGUCUCAUAUUUGUAAGGGGCAACCCCAUUUUCUUCUUCUUUCGUAUGUAGUAUAACUUGAAGCAC